GUGGCGCUUCUGGAGCCAUAUCUAGCUUGAGCCACACCUGCUUUCUUUCUUAACUGACGCACCAGCCACGCCGGCAAUCUGAGGUUCGAUGAUUAAUUCCGUCACCGGUUUGGAAAUCAAUCUUUCCCCCAAGGUCUUUUUUGAUUUCAACAAAUCAACAAAGGAAACACCAUAAAACCAUUGCAUUCAUACUUGAAAUAUACCUUAUCUUCCUACAAUCGAAUCGCAUCCCAUUACCGGGGCUGUUUCCUUUUCUCUUUUUCUUCCCUAGAAUCCAAAUCCUUCUAGAAGACCGUCUUCCAGAACCCCGGAUCCUCUUCCUCUAUCCCACUUCGACUUAUUUGACGCCCUUCCCCUCCAACUCCACGCUUGAUGUUCGCCCGCGCUUCCCUCGUGAGCAGAACCUGCCGGUACAUUUUCCGCGCCAACAGCGUUGCUGUCCGUCCCGCUCGUCCUUUCUCGUCCCUGUCCUCGAGAGCCUUCGCGGCCGUCGACGCAGCAAUGGCCGACACGGCGAACACGUCUGGUAUCUCGGCGCAGUCGCUGAAGGAGACUUUGACGAAGCAGUUGGAAGCGCAGUAUGUGGAGGUGGAGGAUAUGUCUGGUGGAUGCGGCCAAGCCUUCCAGGCGAUCAUCGUCUCUCCGCAGUUCGAGAAGAAGAACAUGUUGGCUCGUCACCGUCUGGUGAACUCGGUUCUCAAGUCUGAGAUUGCGGCUAUCCACGCGUGGACGCCAAAGUGCUAUACUCCCGAGCAGUGGGCGCAGUUGCAGCAGGGACAGGCUUAGAAGUGGAAAAGAAAAGCUGCUGUGCGGAGAUCUCUAUGAUGCGUGCUUGUCCAGAUGAGAUCUGCCAUGUUUUAGAUUGUCCGAGAGCUGAGACGGUUGUUGAUUGGCCAUCCGUUCUUCUUUUCUCUGGAUAUAUAUGUGUAUUUUAGGCGUUUUGAGGCAUUGAUAUCUACAGUGAAUAUAUAGCCA